AUGAAUCUCAAACAGAGCUGCUCAGUUCAUUUAAUGCAUCUGGUAAUGUUUAUUCAAAUGGUUGCUUUGUGAAUUAUAUUAAAGUCAUUUUUUGGCGUCACUCAUGUUUUUUUUUAGAUCUUAUCCAUCGGAUUAAAUGCAUGGCUCUCAGGUUUAGGUCUACAGUGACAGGCUGUCAGGGCUUUUGCUGGAUUCACAACAUCAUCAAAAAGUGCUCAAAUUUUACCAAACCCACCCAUUCUGAUGAUGAUACUGCUUUGAAAUGGCUAUAUGAAUGGUUAUUGGUAUCAUGUUUGUUAUAUAUUGGCCAAGUUUAUCAUAUUUGUUCGUUCUUUAGAGAUGUUGCAUUACUGUCAUAGCGACAAGAUUUAGUAUGCAAACCUAAAAUACACUUUCCUUCAAAUUAAAGACCAUAUCAAGCAAGGCACAAAGUUUUCAUGAGCUGGUUAAGGACCGGUUCCUGGUCAUCAUCGAAUAUUUUUACUGAUUGUUAUUAUGGAGCCUUUGGGUAUGUUCGUAUGUCGGUACCACUUAUUACUGGACUUUGAACUUGCCUUGAGUUU